AUGUCCAAAGAGAGCGUUGUUGACUCUCCAAAUGUUGAUAGUGUCGACGUAGACGGUUUGGAGCAAGAAAUUAUAUUGAAAAGUGGUUCAAACAGUGACUCAGGGCUGGAUGUUGAAGAACUAAGUUCUAUUACUCAAACAAUUUCUUCAGACUCUGACGUAUCACCUCUCAAAUAUUUAGGAACUUGUAAAGAUGACCGCGAUGAACAUGAAAAUGUUGAAACCCCUCGAAACGAAAGCGAGGCACAGAGGGCCCCAAGUAAGAACCCCAAGCAAAUAGUUAAUGGUAAAGUUAUGAAUGACAUAUUUGAAGAUGCAAUUGAUGUGCAGCCGGAAAAUUCCAGUGGUUCUGAAAAAAUAACUGAAGAACUAAAAAGUGUAAAUAUGAAUGAAAUAAAAGCAUCAGAUAUUAAUGGUGAAGAUGAUCCUGUGGCGAAAAACAAUGUGUUGAAGCUGCAAGUGGAAUCUUUAGAAAGAAUGCUGUUUGAACAGAGAAAGGAAAAUGCAAUUUUACGGGAGAGAGUUAAGCAGCAAGUUGAUGACCUACAUGCAAGAGACCAGAGGUUCAAAGAAAUGGAGAACAAGUUGGAUUUGAUGAGCAAGCGAGUCGAGCAGGCGCAGAAGGACGCUAACGCGGCCGUGAUGAGGUACGCGGGCGCGGAGUGCGCCGCCAUAGAGGGCAAGAAGGCGGCGGAAGCUGCUAGAAAGGCCCAGCAAGCGGCUGCCGCUGAGUGCGAUCUACUAGCCGCCAAGCUCAAGUCGGCCCACACAGAGAAGCAGCGCAUAUGCCAGCUGUACGACGACAAGUGCCACGAGCUGCAGAACAGCGACAGAGAGGUAGCCAAGCUUCGCGAGGACUUGAAGGAACUGGAGGGCAGAUUGAAGUGGACCCAGAGCAAGCUAAGAAUGGAGAUGGACGCCUACAAGGAGUCCUCGGAACGCGCCGAGAAACUAGGCCAGCAAAUGGCCGAGCUCGAGGCGGCUAAGAGCGCUGCGGCUGCGGGCGCCAGCGAUUCCGCCCGCGCCAAAGCUCUCGAGGCCGAACUGAAGGAGAGCCAAGCGGCGCUGAUACUCUGCCGCCAUGAGAAAGACGAGCUCGAAAGGAGGCUGUCUUCCACUGCCCAGCAGCUGGAGACGUGCAGGAGGGAGCGGGACGAGGCCAGUGUUGCCCUCUCCAGCGCCAAUGACGAGGUGGAGAAGCUGAAGGCACACAAUCUUCGGCUGGAGGAGGAGGCAGCUGAGUUGGCAGCCCUGAGGGCGCAGGCGGCACUCGCCGAUACCCUCAGCUCACAGCUACAACGCGAGACGGAGCGCGCGUGCCGGGCGGAGGAGGCGCUGGGCGCGGAGCGGGCGCGCGCCGAGACGUGCGCCCGCCGCGAGGCGGCCGCGCUCGAGCACGCGGCGCGGCUCACCGCGCAGCACGUGGCGCAGCGGGCGCGCAGCGGCGAGCACGAGGCCAAGGCGCAAGCGCUCUCUGCGGACAACGCGUCGCUGCGAGAGCGCGCCGAAACGCUACAGUCGGAGGUCGAGCGGCUGAGCGCCUCGCUCGCAGAGGAGGAAGCGCGCAGGCAGAGGGAGAACCGCGUGCUGGCGCGGAAGGUGGCCGAACUAACGGAGGAAGUGGCGGACGUCGGCAAGCGUUUGGAGUGGGAGAAGGGCGAGAACAGUGUGCUCAAGAAGAAGCACUCCAGUGCCAUAAAGGAGCUGAACCGCGAGCUGCAGAGGGCGCUAAAGCGAGGCGAUCAGCUGGAGGCGAAGCUGCAGCAGUUCAACGCAGCCUCAACCAGGACCGGUUCCAUCACGUCCUUGAGCAGCGGGGAAGGUGGUGCCAGCGACGAGAAGACGCAGAACGGGUUGGCAGACACCGUUCCGGAUGUUCAGGCCCGCGAGCCGGGCAGGCAGGCGCUGAUCGAGAGGAUAGUGUCGCUGCAGCGCGCCGCCGCGAGGCGGGCGGAGCGCUGCGAGUUCCUCGAGGAGCACGCGCGCCAGCUGACGAGCGAGCUGCGGGGCAAGGCGCGCCUGCUGAGGCACCUGCUCGCCUCGCAGCCGGCGGGCGCCGUCGCGCCGCCGCGCAGCGACGCCAACAAGUUGGCAAGGAAAUUGACAAAGAAGGAGAUAGCGAAACUCGGCGGUGGCGCCAUGGCGGCCAUCUGGGGCGGGGACCCGGGCGGCAUGACCCUGGAUCUCUCCCUGGAGAUGAACAAGAAGCUCCAGGCGCUCCUGGAGGACACGCUCCUGAAGAACAUCACGCUGAAGGAAAAUAUUGACACCCUUGGCGAGGAGAUUGCGAGGUUAAAAGCGGAGAAGAGUUCUUCUACAGAGAACAUA